GAGAGAGAGAGAGAGCGAGAGAGAGAGCGAGAGAGAGAGAGAGAGAGAGAGAGAGAGAGAGAGAGAGAGAGAGAGAGAGAGAGAGAGAGAGAGAGAGAGAGAGAGAGAGAGAGAUAUACAGCAGGUCCGCAGCGCCUCCAGGAUCAGUCCCUCUGUCGUUGGUGAUCUGAUCUGUCUGCUGAUAUGAGCUCCGUGUGUGGAAGUUACUACGGUGAGGACGGCGUGUUCGUGGCGGGCUUCACGUGUCCCAAAGCGGACAGUGACGCUGCGGCACUUUUCUGCUGCGGGUUCAACAACUUGAAGUAUUGUUGUGAUGAUCCCAACGGCUUCUUCCCAAACAAUUUUGGGGCUAUUGCUCUCUCCAUAGCAGUCAUGCUUGCUUUUGCCCUCCUCUUCUCUCUGUGUAUCCUCUGCUAUUUCAUCAUCACCACUGAACCCAUAGAUUUGGACAAUGGGCUGGAGCUCCAAGCAACAGGCUCUACAUUGAGUCCACAAAGACCAGGACCAAGCCCUUUGAGUGCGCCCGCUGGUCCACAAGGCUUGAAGAAACCCUUCCUGAGGGGCAAAGUGGAUUGUGACAACCAGCCCCAGGACCCUGAGCGCCUCCUCCAACCCUGUUUCGUGGCCACUGAGACAUCUAUCAAUGUCGAGGGUCCUGCUUAGACUGGCAGACUAUUUUACUUUUGGCUUGUGUAGUUGCUCAAAGGAAGCUAAAUGGCGGCUCCUCUGAAACGUCUUGUGUGGCUUUCCGUAUGUGACAUGAAAUCCAUGUUAUAUUUAGUCCUCCUCUUUCACACAUUCACACACAAUAUAAUUAAUACGCAACUCAAACACUGCAUCGAACAUGGCCACCGUGAACAAGCCCCUGUAAGGUUAGGAAUGUAGAGAGUUACCUGUUGCAUGGCAACCAGUGGCAUCACGCGAAUGUGACAGGAAUUAUAUAUAUGUUAUCGAGACCUAUCGGCAGUGUUUCACACUGGAUACCUUCCUUCUUUAAGUAUUUUAUGACAACAGUCACUUGUGAACGGACAGAGAGACACGAAGUCCCCUGAACCUGCCCCCUAGUGCGGGGAGCGCUGUGACCUUUGACCCAUGCACAGUGUCCUCUCCUGGAACUGGUCCAGAAGAGGACAUCACCCAAACAUCUCUUUACUAGGUAGAGUAAAGAGCGACCAUCUUAUUCCUCCCGGCCUGGUCCGGGCCCCCGUUUCUCAGCUCAAAGCUCUUCAGAGGAGGCAGUUGACAGCUCCAUGGAGUCUCUCAUUCGCACCAGCAGCCUGAAACUCUCCCUGCUAGUGCCUUCUUUCAGGGGCGCUGCCGCUACAUGGUGGAGAGACACCGGGCCUCUGUCGCGUCUCACAUGGGUUGGUCUAACCCUUGAGGCUAUCCGAUGUGCGUCCCUCAUAGUUUACCCCGGGGAGACCAUUAGGCCAGAUGCCAGAUUUCCUCGACUCCAGUGUCGGGUCACAAAUGAUGCUCUCCAGGCCUUAUGACACAGCAGCGGGAUUGGGCCGUCGGCCGGUGAGCAAAACACGCUUGAGGUGGAACUUGGCUUUCGUUUUACCUUGUGGCCUAACACAGCUUUUGUGCUGCCUCGCAAACAACCUAUCCAGCUGGCACAGUUUGACCCUCCAUUCGGGGAGGGGAAGUUAAGACUCCUGUGCCGGGUACGGGCCCAUAGGGCUUAACAAGUGACCACGUUUUGCUGCCUGGAGUGAAUUGUCCCACGACAUGAAACGUGACACUUAUACACCGUGGUGGUGAUCUGAGGUCACAAGUGACUUUCUUGUUAUAAAAUACUCAACCCGUGCGUGACGAAAGAUGACACAGUCGUUAGCGCAUGUCGUGAAUUUUAUUUUUCUUGAAUACAGAAAACUACGCGCAAAAUUCCCCAAGAAAUCUCUUUAAAAGAUGAUUAACAUUUUAGUCUUAAAAAACAAAAAUGUGAACAAAGACACAAUCUGUGUCUGUGUCCACAUGCUGUCCACAUGUCUUUGAUAUCCAACGUCAAUCCAAUGCUCUAAAAGAAAUAGGGUUUCACCAGGGCCUUGGAUGAAAAGGUUUUGUUGUGCAUUAGCAACACUAGACCGGAUGCUGCUGCAACACAUUCUCGAAAUGUGUUUCAAUUUGAUGUUGCUGAAGGAGAAACAAGCUUUCAUGUUGUAGAUGCUGAUUCACAUGUCGUGCCAUGAUGGUUUUGCUCAUUUUAAGAGUAUUUGUGUAAUAUGUCAAUCUCUGAUUACUGACGGAUUCUUGAAGUAAUUAAAGACCUCAGUAGCACAGCCACAUACGUUUACUGUCAUUGUAUUUAUAGAAUGGUGUUGGAGAGCUCAAGGGCCUCACUGGUAAAUUUAUAUUUUCCAAAAUUAUUAUUAAAGUUGUGUUCCGCACUUGGUUGUG